UUUGAAUAGCGAUGCAUUGCAACCCACCGUAUGUGUAUGGCCAAGAUUUUGGUUAUAUAAAAUUAACAUGAUUCAAGGCAUUUGUUUUCAGCUUGGGAGGCUACGGCUUGGCAGCUGCGUCGUUUCUAGUGUACAAGUACGCGAAAAGGGCCAUUUGAGCCGGCCCCGCUUAAGGAAUCCUUACUGGAAUCUACGGAAACAACGAACCAAUACGGAAGACUUAGUGACUACAGAAAACAAACAGUUUAUCAAUGAGUUAGCAUGCGAAAGAUACGGUACUCCGGCGCUUAGCAAGAGCAUUCAGUCACAAGAAAAUAAGUUGAUACAGACCAAUGAUCCGGAAGAUGGAAUUCGUUCGUGGACCGAGCAGACGAGGCGUUGCGGUGUGAUAGCGAGGAAAAUUGGACAGUAUCCGCUAUGGCUUAAAAAUGGCAAAAAAGUGCGCACCACAUUGUUACAGAUUGCUGACAACCAUGUUAUUAAAUACAUGCCACCCGAGGAGUGUGGACCCAAUAAGAAUCCGAGCAGUGAACACAAGUUGAACAAGUAUGGCUGCAUCCUCGUGGGUGCUGAAAGUACGAACCCAACUAUGCUGACUAAAGAAUACUGCGAGAUAUUUCGGGGUGCAGGCGUCGCUCCAAAAAAGAAUAUCAUGCGUUUUAUGGUCUCACCACAAGGAGCAAUAGCACCUGGAACACCUUUGAAUGUUGGCCACUUUCGCGUUGGAGAAUAUGUUGAUGUUCGCGGCAAAACCGUAGACCACGGCUUCCAAGGUGUAGUCAAGCGGCACGGAUUCAAGGGAAUGCCUGCUUCACAUGGCGUUACCAAGACUCAUCGCCGUGCCGGUAAUAUUGGCGGUGGUGGCGAAAAGGGACGCGUCUGGCCUGGUACAAAGAUGCCUGGUCACAUGGGCAACCGUUGGCGUGUUCUUAAAGGCCUUCGAAUUUGGCGCACGAACGCAAAGUACAAUGUCAUGUGGGUGCAAGGUAGCGCAGUGCCUGGACCUACCGGUGGACUAGUAUAUAUAUACGAUACGCUUUUACCCCUGCGGAAGCUGAAAGAAGCUCCUCCGUUCCCCACAUUUUAUGAUGAGGUGGACACUACUUCUGAGGACAGUUGGUAUGAGCAGAUGCACAAAUUUAAGGAUGAAACCAUUGUAUACAAGAGCGAUUAGUUGUAUUUACUAUCUCUUAGAACAAGCUUAAUUUCAUUAAAAUUCAAGAUUUAAAGAAUAAAGCUGGAAGACUUUUUAAUACAA